AUGCUGUGUGGUUUGCUCCUUUGCGAAUGUCUGCUGCUGCUGUCUGGAUAUGCCCAUGAGGAUGAAUGGAUUGACCCCACAGACAUGCUGAACUAUGAUGCUGCUUCAGGAACCAUGAGGAAAUCUCCUCAGGUGCACUAUGGCAUCUCAGAGAAAAAGGAUGUCAAUCCUGAUUUGUCAUGUGCUGAUGAAAUGUUGGAAUGCUACCACAGACUUGAUUCUUUAACACAUAAGAUUGAUGAGUGUGAAAAGAAAAAGAGGCAAGAGUAUGAAAGUCAGAGCAAUCCUGUGUUUAGAAGAUACUUAAAUAAGAUUUUACUUGAAGCUGGAAAGCUUGGACUUCCUGAUGAGAACAAUGAUGAUAGGCAUUAUGAUGCUGAGAUUAUCCUGAAAAGGCAGACCUUGUUAGAAAUACAGAAGUUUCUCAGUGGAGAGGACUGGAAGUCUGGAGCCUUGGAUGAUGCACUAAGUGAUAUUUUAAUUAAUUUUAAGUUUCAUGAUUUUGAAACAUGGAAGUGGCGAUUUGAAGAUUCCUUUGGAGUGGAUCCAUAUAGUGUGUUCAUGGUGCUGCUGUGCCUGCUCUGCAUUGUGGUAUUAGUGGCAACCGAGCUGUGGACGUAUGUUGGUUGGUACACUCAGUUGAGACGUGUUUUAUUCAUCAGUUUUCUCAUCAGUUUGGGAUGGAAUUGGAUAUAUUUAUACAAGCUAGCAUUUGCACAGCAUCAGGCCGAAGUUGCCAAGAUGGAGCCGUUCAGCAAUGUGUGUGCUGAGAAAAUGGACUGGAGUGGAAGUAUUUGGGAAUGGUUUAAAAGCACAUGGACCUUUCAAGAUGACUCGUGCCAAAAGUACUAUGAGCUUGUAGUAGUCAACCCAAUUUGGUUGGUCCCACCAACAAAGGCACUGGCAGUCACAUUCACCAACUUUGUAACGGAGCCAUUGAAGCACAUUGGAAAGGGAGCUGGAGAAUUUAUCAGAGCAAUCAUGAAGGAGAUUCCGGUGCUACUGCACGUUCCCGUGCUGAUAAUUAUGGCAUUAGCCGUCCUGGUGACUGUUGGACCCGGAGAGAAGAAGAUUCUGGAGGGAGGAAGUGAGGGUUCUUGCAAGCCAAGGAACUCACGAGGUGGGUGUGGGAGGGAUGUGACAGCAAAGUUCCUGGCCCUAAAUGCAGUUCCUAUCCGUCUCGUGCUCCGGGCAUUUGAUUUCACAGACGCAGAGGCACAAGAGCAUCCCAAGGUGGUACCCAGUCAUAAAUCACCUGUUGUGGAUACAAAGUCAGAGACUGGUGAAAUUUCAGGAGAGAUCACUCUGACAGAAAACAGCCACCAAGCCAAGCCUGUCUCAGGCCAGGUACCCUCAGGGAGCGUGGAAGGUUUAUGUUCAGUGGAGACAGCCCCGUACAGGACUGAAGUCGAAGGCAGCCCUGUGGAAGACAGCACACACAGCCCAGCAGGAGCUACUGCAUGCGGACAGGAUCCUGAGGGCCACCCGUGUGGCUAG